AUCUGUUGUGUUCUUCUUUCUCAGGCUGAUGAGCCUGCGCCAGUGGGGAAUUAUGAUCAGAGGAAAGAAGAAGAAGAAAAGCUAUUGCUGAAACUCUCUCAGCAGCUGGAGCAACUCGUUCUUGUCUUGGAUCAGGAUAAUGUGACCAUGAACUGCGCAGCGGAUGAGGAACAUCAGAAAGAUCCUCAAGCAGAAGAUGGAAACGCAGAAGAGGAUGAGGGUGAAGACAAAGGAAGCACUGAGGAGGAAGACAGUGAAGAAACAGAUGAUGAAGAUGAGGAUAAAUUGUUGGAUGAUCCAAAUGUUAAAGAAUGUAUUGCAGUUGGCAACUUCAGUGCACAGGAGGAAGGGGAUCUCACAUUUACGAAAGGUGAAGUCCUGCUGAUACACGACAAGAGGGCGGAUGGCUGGUGGGUAGCUGAGAACUCCAAAGGGGAGAGAGGCUUCGUUCCUCGAACCUAUCUUGCGGUGCAUAAUGAAGAUGUUGACAGCCAGGGGGAAAGUGAUGAACACGUAGAAGUGGUGGAUGAAACAGCAGACGGAACUGAAAUUAAAAAAAGAACAGAUUCUCACUGGAGUGCUGUAAGAAGAGCUAUCACCGAGAAUGACACAGUAGAGGUAUUGGCAAACAUAGGAGCAGUUCCUGCAGGAUUCCGCCCGUCCACGCUUUUCCAGCUCUUAGAAGAAGGCAGUCAGUUUCGAGCAAGUUACUUUUUGCAGCCUGAACUUACUCCAUCACAGUUGGCUUUCAAAGACUUGGUGUGGGACUCUGCAAAAAAUACUAUCUAUCCUAGACCAACUCGAGUAUCGUUGAUUGUAACUUUAUGCAGCUGUAAAAUGAUUCCUCUCCCAGGAGUCAGCAUACAGGUUCUCAGCAGACAUGUCCGAUUCUGUCUGUUUGACGGCAAUCGGGUGCUGAGUAACAUUCACACCGUGAGAGCUACGUGGCAACCUAAAAAUCCUCAAACGUGGAGCUUUUCUCCAAGGGUAACCGGCAUUUUACCCAGCUUGCUCGAUGGUGACUGUUUUGUCAGGUCCAACUCUCUGUCUUCAGGCAUCGGUAUAUUGUUUGAACUUGGCAUCACGUAUAUUCGCAAUUCCACAGGUGAAAGAGGAGAGCUAAGCUGUGGCUGGGCAUUUCUGAAGCUUUUUACUUCUAAUGGAAUGCCUGUUCCUUCCAAGAUGUACGAGCUGCUGUUAAAUGGUGGCACUCCCUAUGAGCGAGGCGUCGAGGUUGACCCAUCGCUAUCAAGAAGAGGCAGUGGUGUUUUUCAUCAGUUGAUAUCACUCAAGAAGCAGCCAGUGCUUGUAGUGAAACUGAGGUCAUUAAGUGUGCAGUCGAAAGACAUCCUGAAUUUUCUCCCAGAAACGUUAAUUGGCAGCAUGUGCUCCAUCCAUCUCUUGAUAUUGUAUCGGCAGAUACUUGGUGAUGCUCUCCUGAAGGACAGAAUAAGCAUGCAAAGCACAGAUUUAAUCUGUAAUCCUGUUUUAGCAACUUUCCCUCAGCUCCUGGAUCAGACAGACUUGCUGGAUGCACUUCGGAGCGCUUGGGCAGAGAGAGAAAGAACGUUGAAGAGAUCGGAGAAGAGGGACGGAGAGUUUCUGAAGUCUCUAUUUGUCCUGGUGUACCACGACUCUGUCUUCCCGCUCCUCCACUCCACGUUCCUCCCUGACUACAAGUGGGCUGAGGAAGCAUCUGAAGCAUCUCGCUGGAGGGCGAUUGCGGACUUCUUGAAAAAGAGCCGAGAGAAUGACGGUGCACUUCAGUACCUGCUGUCCUCAGAAAACACUCACAAAGCCUUCGAUAUCUCAGAGCUGGCUUACGAUUUCUUAGGAGAAGUGAGGAAAAACGAUUCUGGAGAAUGA